CCUUAUGUUAAAUCAGGGUAUGAAUUCAAAAUGGAAUCAAGCAAAAAUACAAUGCAAAUUAUUUGUAUAAUUUUCUUUGCAAGAGCCGCAUUUCUUGACGCUCAAAUAAACAAUAUUUGACUGGUAGGGGGAAAUUCCUCGGCAGAAGGACGGGUAGAGGUGUUUUACAACAGAGAAUGGGGGACAGUGUGUGAUGAUAAUUUCGAUGACAAAGAUGCAGCUGUCGUCUGCUCAAUGCUGGGUUACAGCAGCAUGAAUGCUAAAAGUAAACAGGAAGCAUUCUUUGGACAAGGAAAUGGUAGCAUAUGGAUGGAUCAGCUAGAAUGUACAGAUUAUGACACAAAUAUAUUAACAUGCUCACGGAAUGAUAUGGGUAUACACGACUGCGUGCACGGGGAAGAUGCAGGGGUUGUGUGUAACAUGUUUGCGGCACCUAAUAUAAGACUCGUUGGUGGAAAUGAUUCACUGGAAGGAAGAUUGGAAAUUUUACAUAACAAUGAGUGGGGUACUGUGUGCGAUGACUCAUGGGAUAGCAAGGACGCGUCUGUCGUUUGUUUUAUGCUGGGAUAUUCAAGAGAAAAUGCCAUAUCAACAGGCACGGCUCGAUUUGGCCAGGGAGAAGGCCCAAUCUGGAUGGACGAUAUCUCAUGCCAAGGGACAGAGAAAGAUAUAUUUGAUUGUAACAAAACGUUGGUGAACCACAACUGUGGUCAUUCUGAGGAUGCAGGAGUUAUUUGCUCACCUGCACCUAUAAACAAAGUUCGACUGGAAGGGGGAAAUUCCUCGGCGCAGGGUCGAGUGGAGGUGUUCAUUAAAGGGGAAUGGGGUACAGUUUGUGAUAAUAGCUUCGAUGACAAAGAUGCCGCUGUUAUCUGCUCAAUGCUGGGUUUACCAAGCAGGAAUGCUACUGCAAAAGGGCAAGCGUUUUUCGGACAAGGAAAUGGCAGUAUAUGGAUGGACAAUCUUCGCUGCACAGAUUAUGACACCGAUUUAUUUUCAUGCCCCCAGAAUGCUUUGGGUUCACACAACUGUUUACACAACGAGGAUGCGGGGGUUUUGUGUCACAGUUAUCAUUUGACGGCUCAAAUAAACAAUAUUCGACUGGUAGGGGGAAAUUCCUCGGCAGAAGGACGGGUAGAGGUGUUUUACAACGGAGAAUGGGGAACAGUGUGUGAUGAUAAUUUCGAUGACAAAGAUGCAGCUGUCGUCUGCUCAAUGCUUGGUUACAGCAGCAUGAAUGCUAAGAGUAAACAGCAAGCAUUCUUUGGACAAGGAACUGGUAGAAUAUGGAUUGAUGAGCUAAAAUGUACAGAUUAUGACACCAAUAUAUUUAACUGCUCACAGAACAUUGUUGGUUCACACAACUGUGGACACUAUGAAGAUGCGGGGGUUGAGUGUAACAUGUUUGCGGCACCUAAUAUAAGACUCGUUGGUGGAACUGAUUCACAGGAAGGAAGAUUGGAAAUUUUAUAUAACAAUGAGUGGGGUACUGUGUGCAAUGACUCAUGGGAUAGCAAGGACGCGUCUGUAGUAUGUUUUAUGCUGGGAUAUUCAAGAAAAAAUGCCAUAUCGACAGGCACGGUUCGAUUUGGCCAGGGACAAGGCCCAAUCUGGAUGGACGAUGUGUCAUGCCAAGGGACAGAGAAUGAUAUAUUUGAUUGUAACAAAACUUUGGUGAACCAUAAUUGUGACCAUUCUGAUGAUGCAGGAGUUAUUUGCUCAAAAACAUCUAUAAACAAAGUUCGACUGGUAGGGGGAAAUUCCUCAGCGCAGGGUCGAGUGGAGGUGUUCAUUAAAGGGGAAUGGGGUACAGUUUGUGAUGAUAGCUUCGAUGACAAAGAUGCAGCUGUCGUCUGCUCAAUGCUGGGUUUACCAAGCAUGAAUGCUACUGCAAAGGGGCAAGCGUUUUUCGGGGAAGGAAAUGGUAGGAUAUGGAUGGACAAUCUUCGCUGCACAGAUUAUAACACCGAUUUAUUUUCAUGCCCCCAGAAUGCUUUGGGUUCACACGACUGUUUCCACAGAGAGGAUGCGGGGGUUUUGUGUCACAGUUAUUAUUUUAUGGCUCAAAUAAACGAUAUUCGACUGGUAGGGGGAAAUUCCUCGGCAGAAGGACGGGUAGAGGUGUUUUACAACGGAGAAUGGGGGACAGUGUGUGAUGAUAAUUUCGAUGAAAAAGAUGCAGCUGUCGUCUGCUCAAUGCUGGGUUACAGCCGGAUGAAUGCUAAGAGUAAACAGCAAGCAUUCUUUGGACAAGGAAAUGGUAGAAUAUGGAUGGAUCAGCUAGAAUGUACAGAUUAUGACACAAAUAUAUUUAACUGCCCACAGAAUAUUUUGGGUACACACAACUGUAGACACCACGAAGAUGCAGGGGUUGUGUGUAACAUGUUUGCAGCACCUAAUGUAAGACUCGUUGGUGGAACUGAUUCACUGGAAGGAAGAUUGGAAAUUUUCCAUAACAAUGAGUGGGGUACUGUGUGCGAUGACUCAUGGGAUAGCAAGGACGCGUCUGUAGUAUGUUUCAUGCUGGGAUAUUCAAGAGAAAAUGCCAUAUCAAAAGGCAUGGCUCGAUUUGGCCAGGGACAAGGCCCAAUCUGGAUGGACGAUGUCUCAUGCCAAGGGACAGAGAAUGAUAUAUUUGAUUGUAACAAAAUUUUGGUGAACCACGACUGUGACCAUUCUGAGGAUGCAGGAAUUAUUUGCUCAAAAACACCUAUAAACAAAGUUCGACUGGUAGGAGGAAAUUCCUCAGCGCAGGGUCGAUUGGAGGUGUUCAUUAAAGGGGAAUGGGGUACAGUUUGUGAUGAUAGCUUUGAUGACAAAGAUGCAGUUGUUGUCUGCUCAAUGCUGGGUUUACCAAGCAUGAAUGCUACGGCAAAGGGGCAAGCGUUUUUCGGACAAGGAAAUGGUAGGAUAUGGAUGGACAAUCUUCGCUGCACAGAUAAUGACACCGACUUAUUUACAUGCCCCCAGAAUGCUUUGGGUUCACACAACUGUAGGCACAACGAAGAUGCGGGGGUUUUGUGUUACAGUUAUUUUACGGAUUGUGGAAAUGCAGACAUUCUGAUUAUCAUGGAUGAAAGCGGAAGUGUUGGGUCAGAUCACUUUAACACAAUGAAAACGUUUGUAGGAGAUGUGGUUCGAGGUUUGAAUUCUGUAUUCUUUAGAUUUAGUGUCAUAACAUACAGUACUUCCGCAAGAAAAAUAUUUGGAUUUCUCGACUUUAAUAAUAUAAAUGCCAUUAUGACAAGCAUUGAGCACAUUCAGUAUGCAGCUGGAGGAUCUACAAAAACUGACAGAGCACUUGAAUAUGCAAGGGUGUCCAUUUUUAACAACAACAGGGCAGAUGCUGCAGAUAUAGUCAUUUUGUUUACGGAUGGAAAGUCCGAUAACUCUGAAAAGACAAAAGAAGAAGCUGCUUUACUGCGCAAUGAAGGAGUGCGCAUAUUUUCGAUUGGAGUUGGAAGUGGACCUAAAAUAGAGGAGCUUCAGUCUAUCGCAUCGUCACCUAGCGAUGAACACAUCUUCCAAGUAUCAUCGUUCAGUGCUCUUUCACAUAUUCUCAAUGCAGUGCAAACCAGAACAUGUCAAGCGUCUGUGGAUGGUGGAUUCAGUGAAUGGACUAUGUGGACACAAUGUAGUAGGACGUGCGGACAUGGUCUAAAGUCAAGACGCCGGACAUGUACAAAUCCAGUACCUACCAGAAAUGGCAGAAACUGCACUGGAACUUACUCAGAAAAUACAGAAUGCAGUAUAGCAGGCUGCCCAGUGGACGGUAAUUGGGGACAUUGGAGUUCUUGGUUAGAUUGCAGUGUAACAUGCGGUACCGGCAAUCAAAUACGAAGAAGAUUCUGUUCAAAUCCCAGGCCUGAAAAUGGAGGUCGACAUUGUCAGGGAUCAAGCACAGAUACACUGACUUGUAAUCUUGGCUCUUGUCCUAUUCAUGGGGGUUUCAGUGAGUGGAAUAUGUGGUCUGUUUGCUCCGUUUCAUGUGGGGGUGGAUUCAAAACAAGAGAAAGAGCAUGCAACAAUCCAUCUCCACGACACGGGGGAUCCAAUUGCUCAGAUUAUUUUACAGAUUCAGAUAUCUGCAACACUUCUCCUUGUCCUGUAAAUGGUGGUUUUGGAAAUUGGGGUUCGUGGUCGGUGUGUUCCAAAAGCUGUGGAGGAGGAGCUAGAAUGCGAAGUCGCACCUGUACAAAUCCAUCUCCACAUUUUGGAGGAAAGGAAUGCUCCGGUGAAUCAGGGCAAUCUGAAAAUUGCAAUAACAUCAGUUGUCCAGUAGAUGGGGGUUAUAGCGAAUGGAGUUUAUGGGCAGAAUGUACCGUCACGUGUGGGGGAGGAACUUCAAUGCGAAGAAGAACUUGUACAAAUCCAUCGCCACAACAUGGAGGUAAACAAUGCGAGGGAGAAGCUAAUGAAACAGUGGAAUGCAACACAAACAGUUGUUCAAUUUGCAACAAUCCCGCAAUGGAAUUUGAAUGUCACAAUAAGGUCCACUGUAUAGACAAAGAUUAUGUUUGUGAUGGUUUACCAGAUUGUGCUGACAAUAGUGAUGAAAUUCCUGCUGUGUGCAAUAGUGGCGGUCAACCCGACAGGACUUGCCCAGAGGGCCUUUAUAGGUGCCCGGACGGUUCGUGUAAAACCGGGCCGGAAUGUUAAUGCUGUGGAACAUUUUGUUUGAGGAUAUUAAAGUACGAUUACUGAGUACAUUUAUGUAACAUGCUUUCUCCUGCUACUCUGUCUUCAAUGUAUAGUAAUUUUAUGCAUGUAUAUUUCUGAUUUGUAGAAAGAAAUUUCUUAGUGGAAUAGCUGUGUUUAAGAAAAAAAUUUAUCAGAGAAAGAUUUAUUUGUUACAUCGUUAAUCUACUGCUGCAUAUAUUAAAACAAUGACCUUUGGUCUUUCUUUGCAAUUAUUUACCCGGUAGAACACAACCUCAAUUUUCUGUUCUUUCUGAAAACAAAUGUUGAACAUCUAAAUAUUAUUUACUGUUGUGUGUAUUAACUUCAUAUUAUACUAGGUGAUACCCCGCGCAAGCGGGAAUUAACACUUUACACAUUAUUAUGAUUUAAUGCUUAAUAUGUUGAACCAUAUUUUGUUUCAUUUUUGUAUAUACUUUGUCCAGAUUUUUCAUUAUCUUAAUCCUUUAGAAUUGAAAUAAAAAAACAAACCAUUUUAAUUCAAAGUUGUCAGACUGAAAGAAGCUGGUCAAAGCGGAUGGUUAACUCGCCCUACACUUUUCGCUAUAUGAUGUAAAUUAGUCAACCCGUUUCUAGGCACCCCGUUCUGGAAAGUUCUUUCCAUUAAUACUAAAAUCGUAUUAUUUGUUCCAUUUUAUUUAUUUAACCUUUUUGUAUUAAUUCUCUGAAUAGGCUCACAGUAAAUAUAUUCACUCUAUACGUAAUCAUUCAAUAUUAUUUCAUUGCAAAUAUAUAUUUUGAUCGAGACUAUCCCUGACUUGGAUCCGCUAAAUCGUGUCCAUCACUUUAUUCUCAUUUGUGUUAUUUCGGGCUUUUUUAUCGAAAAUGAAAGUAGAGUUUUGAUCAAUUUCAUAAUAAUAACUGAUCAGUUAAAAUUCAGUUAUACUUUACGGACAUUAUCUCACAUGUGUUGAAAAACCAAAGGUGUAAGCAAGUACUCUGGUGCAGGCAUUUUGUAGUUUUUGGAAAAUGCCUUAAUUCAUUAGUUAUAUAGAUUAUGUUUGAGGCCAUAAAUGUAAAAUGUGAUGUACAAAAUAAACUCUAUAUUUGCAUUUUGGUAUUGAUGGCAAUUGGCUCAAAAAAAAGAAAAAAACAAAGAUUAAGUUUUAUCAAAGAGAUAGUAACACUAUUUAAAUACAGGAAAGAAAAAUAACAUUUACCUUCCUUAGCUUGCUUUUCCUCAAGCUAUUCACAAACAGCUGCCAUGUGAGACUCAGAUUUUUUUUUUUUGGGGGGGGGGGGGGUCAAGUGAUCCAGACCCCCCCCCCCCUUGCAAAUUUCAUAUUCCUUCUAUUUGCAUUAUAAAAUUACCAAAAAUAUGUCUCAGACCCCCCCCCCCCCUCUUGGUAAACUCAAAUAACAGUUACCCUUUUUGUUUUAAAAAAUAUGCUUGUACUUGCAUGUUAUUUGUAACUAUUAUAUAACAUUUAUGCUAUUUGUCAAAUCUGUCAUUUAACUUGCUUUAAAUAAACUGUCUAUUAAAUAAG